AUGUUACACCUCAGUCUGUUAUUGGCAGUUCUGCACAUUAUUCAUGGACAUGAAAACAUAGUUUUAAAUAAACCAACACAUCAAUCGAAUGCGUACAUGAGUGCCGUAUAUGCACCUGCUACAUUUGACUCCAGCAAUGCUGUUGAUGGUCUGAAGACUAACCUCUCAGCUCUCAGAGGACAAUGUGCUAUUUUAGGUGAUGGUCAGAAAAGCGCCAUCCGGUGGGUGAACUUGACAUCCGUCCACAGCAUCCAUGACAUAAGGAUAUAUUACAGGACAGAUAAUGUACCAUGGGGUCAUUCAAAUGGUCACACAGCACGUAUCUUGGGUUUUUAUGUUUAUGUUUCUAACACCACAGACAGACAAGAUGAUUAUUUAUGUUUUCAUGACACAAACUAUACCAGAGCCGACAUUCCAGCUGUCAUCGACAUACUGUGUCCUGUACAUGGACAAUUUGUUAUCUACUAUAAUGAGAGACCACAGAAUUCAUCAUAUCACACCCAGUACUCUCAAGAUGCACACGCUGAUUUAUGUGAAGUGGAGGUGAAUGGAUGCAAGAAAACGGGAUACUAUGGAUCAAAUUGUUCUCUCCCCUGUCCAGACACGAACUGUCGAUAUUGUCACAUAGAAACAGGUGCUUGUCAGGGAUGUAAACCUGGAUACCAGGGACAUCAAUGUAAAAUACAAUGUGAUAACAGAUCAUAUGGAUAUUACUGCCUUGAGAACUGUGGAGCCUGUCUUGUCUUAAGCAAUGUCAUCAUAUCAAUGGGUCAUGUCCUGGGGGUUGUGACGCUGGGUAUGAAGGGGAAUUCUGUACAACUGAAGGAAGAUCAAAGAGAGACAUACGAAACAGAAGUGCAAAGAAAACAAUUCGACCAAAGUAGGAGGACUGGGCCUAUACAACAUUUUGCAGAAUCCAACGAUAGUGAUAACAAAUAUCACGAGCUUGGUGAAUUGUCGCUGCCUUCAGAUUAUGAAGGACUCCGAUAA